CGGGCGGCGCAGGUGAGCGGGGGGGCGCGCCAGCUGUCGUGCGCCCGGGCUGGCGCGGGGCGCGCGCGGGCGGCCGCCGCGUCUUUCUUCUCCGGUGAUGUCAUCGGGCGACGGCGGCCGCGGCCGGGGGGCGGCGGCGGGGGCGGUGCCGGGCGCCCGCAGGUUCCUGCGCUGCUAAUGAAAAGGCACUUGACAGCGGGCCAGGGCGCGCGCGAGCCCGCGGAGCCUAGCGGGACCUGCUGGGCCGGCCGGGCCAAUCGCCGGCGCGCGGCCGCCCAUGGGCGCGGAGGCGGCGGGGGCGCGGGUGGCCGCGGCCCGGGCCGCUCCGAGGUGAUCGCGCGCGGCGCCCCCUCCGUGCGCGCAGCCCGAGUCGCCGCAGCGAUGAAUUCUGCCGAGCAGACCGUUACGUGGCUCAUCACCCUGGGCGUGCUGGAGUCGCCCAAGAAAACCAUUUCGGACCCCGAGGUCUUCUUGCAAGCCUCGCUCAAGGACGGGGUGGUCCUGUGCCGACUGCUCGAACGUCUGCUGCCCGGGACCAUAGAGAAAGUCUACCCGGAGCCGCGGAACGAGAGCGAGUGCCUGAGCAACAUCCGCGAGUUCCUGCGCGCCUGCGGGGCGUCCCUGCGCCUGGAGACUUUUGAUGCAAAUGAUUUAUAUCAGGGGCAGAACUUUAACAAGGUCCUCAGCUCCUUGGUGACACUAAAUAAAGUGACAGCAGACAUUGGACUAGGAAGUGACUCGGUGUGUGCUCGGCCCUCUUCACAUCGGAUAAAGUCUUUUGAUUCCCUGGGAUCCCAGUCUUCACAUAGUAGAACUUCAAAAUUGCUUCAGAGCCAGUACCGAAGCUUGGACAUGACUGAUAACAGCAGCAGCCAGCUAGUGGUCCGAGCCAAGUUCAACUUCCAGCAGACCAAUGAAGAUGAGCUCUCCUUCACGAAGGGCGAUGUCAUCCAUGUCACACGAGUGGAGGAAGGUGGCUGGUGGGAGGGCACGCACAGUGGCAGGACCGGCUGGUUCCCCAGCAACUAUGUGCGAGAGAUCAAGCCAAGUGAGAAGCCUGUGUCCCCCAAAUCAGGAACCUUGAAGAGCCCCCCCAAAGGGUUCGACACAACUGCCAUCAAUAAGAGCUAUUACAACGUGGUGCUACAGAAUAUCCUAGAAACAGAGCAUGACUAUUCUAAGGAGCUGCAGUCUAUGCUUUCAACCUACCUGCGGCCCCUGCAGACCAGCGAGAAGUUGAGUUCAGCAAACACUUCAUAUUUAAUGGGAAAUCUAGAGGAAAUAUCUUCCUUCCAGCAAGUGCUUGUACAGUCCUUAGAAGAAUGUACCAAGUCUCCUGAGGCCCAGCAGAGAGUUGGCGGCUGCUUCCUGAGCCUGAUGCCACAGAUGAGGACCCUGUACCUCGCUUACUGUGCCAACCACCCGUCUGCUGUGAGCGUCCUCACAGAACAUAGUGAGGACCUGGGUGAGUUCAUGGAAUCAAAAGGUGCCAGCAGUCCUGGGAUCCUGGUGCUGACCACUGGCCUCAGCAAGCCCUUCAUGCGCCUGGACAAGUACCCAACACUGCUGAAGGAGCUGGAGAGACACAUGGAGGAUUAUCAUCCUGAUAGACAAGAUAUUCAAAAGUCCAUGACUGCCUUCAAAAACCUUUCAGCCCAGUGUCAAGAGGUUCGGAAAAGGAAAGAGCUGGAGCUGCAGAUUCUGACGGAGCCGAUCCGCAGCUGGGAGGGGGAUGACAUAAAGACGCUGGGUGCUGUCACGUACAUGUCCCAAGUCACGAUUCAGUGCGCAGGAAGCGAGGAAAAGAAUGAGCGAUACCUCCUGCUCUUCCCAAGUCUUCUGCUCAUGUUGUCUGCCAGUCCCAGGAUGAGUGGUUUCAUCUAUCAGGGAAAGUUACCGACGACAGGAAUGACAAUCACAAAACUUGAGGACAGCGAGACCCAUAGGAAUGCGUUUGAGAUAUCAGGAAGCAUGAUUGAGCGGAUUCUGGUGUCUUGCAACAACCAGCAGGACCUGCAUGAAUGGGUGGACCAUCUACAGAAGCAGACGAAGGUUACGUCUGUGAGCAACCCCACCAUCAAGCCCCACUCUGUGCCGUCACACACACUUCCCUCCCAUCCUAUCACUCCAUCCAGCAAGCACGCGGACAGCAAGCCUGUGGCACUGACGCCUGCAUACCACACGCUCCCCCACCCCUCUCACCAUGGCACCCCACACACCACCAUCAGCUGGGGACCCCUGGAGCCUCCGAAGACCCCCAAGCCUUGGAGCCUGAGCUGCCUGCGGCCUGCACCUCCCCUCCGGCCCUCAGCUGCUCUCUGCUACAAGGAGGAUCUUAGUAAGAGCCCCAAGACCAUGAAGAAGCUGCUGCCGAAGCGGAAGCCUGAGCGGAAGCCUUCAGACGAAGAGUUCGCUGUGCGCAAGAGCACUGCUGCUCUGGAAGAAGAUGCGCAGAUCCUGAAGGUCAUCGAAGCCUACUGCACCAGCGCGAAGACACGGCAGACCCUGAACUCAACAUGGCAAGGCACUGACCUGAUGCAUAAUCACGUCUUGGCUGAUGACGACCAAUCAAGUCUAGACUCCUUGGGUCGUCGCAGUAGCCUUUCUCGUUUGGAGCCCUCAGACCUCUCGGAAGACUCUGAGUAUGACAGUAUAUGGACAGCCCAUAGUUACAGAAUGGGUUCUGCAUCCCGUUCACGUAAGGAAUCUGCACCGCAAGUGUUGCUUCCAGAAGAAGAAAAAAUUAUAGUUGAAGAAAUCAAAAGCAACGGGCAGACCGUGAUAGAGGAAAAGAGCCUUGUGGACACGGUGUACGCACUGAAGGAUGAAGUCCAAGAGUUAAGACAGGAUAACAAGAAGAUGAAGAAAUCCUUAGAGGAGGAGCAGAGGGCCCGCAAGGACCUGGAGAAGCUGGUGAGGAAGGUUCUAAAGAACAUGAACGACCCUGCUUGGGACGAGACCAAUCUCUAGGCCCACCUCACUCUCACAGGCCGAAGACCAGCAGUUCCCAGACAAGGCUGGGGUCUUUGGCCCAAGCACAGUGACAUUCAGGACUAAGGCAGGUGGUCUUCACCAGGCUUUGGCUGAUGUAACUACAUGUGAGUUACAGACACUAAGGCCUGGGCUGAGCAUAUGUCUGCCGACUUCUCCAUGCAGUGACUGACCAGAGUCCUCGGGCUUUUAGACUUCAGUUGAAUCUGUAAUAGCAUACCUGUGUACUUGUUGUAAAUACUGAUCUUUGAACGCAUACCUGCGAUGUGACCGGGCUAACCCUCUUGCUAGGAUUUCCUUCUCAGCCUUUCUGGCAACAGGGAUUUGAAGUUGUGUUCACGAAGUGUUGGGAGCAAGGUGAAGCAAUAGAUACCUGGGUAGGACUGACUUGUUCCAUGCGGUGCAGGCUCCGUGGUGCCAUCAGGAGCACCCCCUUGGGCACAGUGACUUUUGUCACCGUCCUCUUCUUAACUGCAGUAUUCCAGUCUCAGGCAUGUGUCUGUGCCCAAGGAGUCAUGGAUUCUAGGAAGGUGACGUUGCUAUCUGCCUGUGGCGCUCGUUCCUGCUGCUCUGUCCUAGCUGGGCUCUCAGUCACAGGAAUGCGUCACAAGUGUGGAGAAGUGGCCCUCCCCCGAGAGAACUAGACCAUGUAUAUAGAUGUGUUAUUUAUUCCAUGUUCUCCAGCCGGUGCUGCCGGGCAGGUUUGACUGCAGGCUGUCGUCAGCCAUGCGCUCUGCUUUGGCUGCAGUCGGCACUGUCCAGGCCACUGAAAGCCCCCCUUUCCCCUUGAACAAGAAUAAAGCAAUACAUAGCCGCAGUUGAGCUGCACAGUGAAAGCCCCAUAGGACUGUGCCCUGCUGUGCCCUGCUGUGCCCAUGCCCUACUCUGCUGCCUCCCUGGGCCCAGGCAGGCCCUGGAAGGCAGGUGGUCUGGACUAGAAGCCCUAUUUUCUGUGUGACCAGGGUUUGGCAAUAGUGACAGUGAUCUCAGGAGCUUAGCUGUCUGCUGCUUUCCUCCAAAGAGGUUGUUUGGAAGCCAGCGGAACUUUGCUGUAGAAAGGUGUUGGGUAGCAGUGUAGCUGCAGGUGCUUCAGCACCGUCUCCCCCCACUCCCAUCCCGCGUGGACCCGGCCCCUCGCCCCUCCUGUGUGGCAGUUUCUGAGCAGGCGCUGAGAGGCCCUUUGUGUCUCUUCUCCCUCCACACUCUGACUGGGUCCACCCAGCCUCACUCAGACCAUUUUAUCGUCUAGGCUGAGUGAGAGAAGCUGAGGUGCUCUCGUUCUUUUUGGUAAGCCCUGUUUCCCGAGCACUCUGCUGACGCAAAAGACACUGCAGCAAAAGACAGUGUUGCUGUCACAGGAGAUCUUAACUCAGGAACCACGCUCCUUGAAUCUCUCACUGCUGGGGACAGGUGUCCGGGGUUGCAGUGCAGCUCCCCCGCCAAGAGUAAGUGAAGACCAUAUCUGCCACUGGCCUCACCACCACUGAGGUCGCCGACCAUGCCCCAGGACAGUUUCUUACAGACCUGCCUUAAUGAUGCGCUUGGAGUAUUCCAUGAGUAUUCAUGUCCCUAACAUCCCUACCCCAGACAGGGUGGCUGCACGUUUCCUUUCUGUGGAUCCAGUGUCUUCCAGGCUCUCCAGGGAGCGAGAAUCUGUAUCUAAGAGCCGUUCUUUUUAAAAUCUGACCCUGUUGUAAACACCCAUUUCUCUCUCCCCGAGUCUCUUCGGGUGGGACUUUGGUACCAGCAACCCAGGGCACCAUUCACAACUGUUACUCCUCCCUGUCUCUAAGGGGUGCGGGGGAUGAAGCCAUUUUCUACCCUGUAGAUGUGAAGCACUUUCCGUUCUGCGAUGUAGCAGCCUCUGAAGCUCCACUAUUCUCUCCAUCAGCUGUCCUCACCCGCCCGUGUGCUCCUCAUGCCAAUCCCCUCCUUCCCUGGGGUGUCCAGGGCAUCCAGACACUACAGGAAACCCGGUGUUGCAAACAGCUCCGGCGUUGACUGCUGCAGUGUGUGUGCUAUCCCCUUGGAAUUAUUAAACUCCUUAUUUUUCUUAUCUC